GGCCAAGGCUGUGCCUUCCUCUCUGCUGGCUGCCAUGAAUGCAUUCUUCUGCUGGGAUCACAUCCCUUGGCUUCAGAGCCUGACUCGAUUGCCCAUCAUCCUUAAAGGGAUCCUGACAAGAGAGGAUGCAGAGUUAGCAGUGAAGCACAAUGUUCAAGGCAUCCUUGUUUCCAACCACGGAGGGAGGCAGCUUGAUGAAGUUCCUGCUUCAAUUGAUGCCCUGGCAGAAGUGGUGGCUGCUGUUCAAGGGAGAAUGGAAGUGUACCUGGAUGGUGGGGUUCGAACUGGCAACGAUGUGUUGAAAGCCCUGGCCCUUGGAGCUAAAUGCAUAUUUCUUGGGAGACCAAUCCUGUGGGGUCUUACCUGCAAGGGUGAAAAGGGUGUUGAGGAAGUCUUGAACAUUUUAAAAGAGGAGUUCCGCACUUCUAUGACCCUUACAGGCUGCCGAUCCAUUGCCGAGAUCAACCGGGACCUGAUUCAGCUCUCCAGGUUGUAAGAACCCCACAACAUGAUAUGCAAUGCUGGUCUGCCUGAACCUUGGCCUGGCCUGGAGCGCCUGCCCUAACCAUCAACUCCCCACCCCCUGUGCUUGUUGCCCUCCAAAUGCCUCACCGUCCUCAAUGUACCCCUCCCUUCUUGGCCUUGCUUCCUUUUAUAUGAUUUGUCUUGCCUAAAACUCUACUUCAAAAUAAAGAUCACAAGAGGGUAGAUGGGAAAU